UUGAAAACAGAUCACUACCAAGAUCUCUCCACCGCAUGUCUAAGAACAACUGGCGAUUAAAUCUGGCCCGUCGUCGUGAGUUUUGCUCAUCAGAUGAGCAAAAUCAGAUGAGCAAAACACGCUAUGCGUAUUGUCUUUAUGGAGCGCUGAACGGUUCCAAAAGUUUGCUGCCUGUAGUCUGAUGGAUUGUAAAAGUUAGCGCGAUGCUUCGACCGCACUCCAGAGACUGAAAUGAAUGAUGUAGCUAGGAUAUAAAACUUUGGUCAAGACUGUCAAACAACUUCUGGCGAGUCGCACAUUUGAGUUGUACUUCAAGUACGUGGAUGGAUUUUUUUCGACAAACUUCAGAAGGCAUUUGGCGUUUCCUCAACCGGCAGAAAAAGUACAUUUCUGAGAGUUUGCGAAUUUUACACGCUGAAGAUACUUUGGACAAACUGAGCUGAGCACGCUUCAACAAGGUCGUCAACGUUCUCUCUGAGAGGCAAGAUGGAGACCUCAGGCCCCACAGCCAUGGAGAAGAAGGAGCUGAAGACCUCCGGUCUCGACGGCAGCAGCUUCAGCGACCUCCCCAAGAAACCCUCCCCCACCACGGUGACCCGAGCUCCACAUAUCUUCCCGACGUUCCAUGCGCCCAUCCCGAUCGACAUCCGCCACCAUGAGGGAAGAUACCAUUACGAGCCACACCCACUCCACGCCAUGCAUGGGCCUCCUGGUUUAGCGGGCAGUCCGGUCAUCUCGGACGUGUCCCUCAUCCGCCUCUCUUCCCAUGCGGGAGGCGAGUCCCCGUUCAGCCCCCCCCACCCCUACGUCAGCCCACACAUGGAGCACUACCUGCGCUCCGUCCACUCCAGUCCCACCCUGUCCAUGAUCUCUGCGGCCAGGGGACUCAGCCCUGCUGACGUGACCCACGAGCACCUAAAGGAGCGGGGUCUGUUCGGGCUGCCCCCUCCUGCCCCAGGCACCAGCCCUGCGGAGUUCUACCACCUGAUGGCGUCCAGCCACCGCAGUCCCUACGGAGAUCUGCUCAUGCAGACCGGAGCUGCCGCCGCCGCCGCUGCUGCUGCCGCCGUGCACCUGCCAGAGUACAUGAGCCCUGUGGACAGCCUGCGGCUCGUCCGACCAGCACAGGGCCCGCAUUCAGCCGACUCCGCCACCUUAGCGCGCCGGCCGCCAGAAACCCCUCGAAUGAAAGAGCCCCUUCAGCCGAGGCACAGAGGGAGCGAGCGGGGCCAAGCCCAUAAAUAUGCACGGCAGGGUCCCGCCGUUUGUGUUGGCCGGCCGCACUGA